UGGAUGGAUGGAUGGAUGGAUGGAUAGAUGGAUGGAUGGAUGGAUGAGUGGAUGGAUGGAUGGAUGGAUGGAUGGAUGGAUGGACGGAUGGAUGGACGGAUGGAUGGAUGGAAGGAAGUGGGUUUAGGUUACAGGAGAUGGCAGUAAUUUUAGAAACACUCUUAUAAUGAGUCAACAAUAACCAUGAAAGUGUACACACAAAAAAUUAAAGAUGUAAACAAAAAUGUUGUCCUUUUAUAGUAAUAAAAUUAUUUUUAUUAUUUUAAUGUUUGCAAAUGUGCUGUUUUUGUUUGUUUAUAUUUUGGUGAUAGACCCAAUCAUGUAUGUGUAAAACACCUCAAUUGGUGGACGUUUUUUUUCUUCAUUCUGCUGUAUUUAGCCCAUCCACACACCUGUUUUUUCUCAGAAACUCACACAGUGACUCUUCAUAUUUUUUCUUCAUAUAGUCUGUACACCAGUGCUCUGAUAGGAAGGAAGUGCUAUUAUUAUGCUGCUCUUAAAAAAAAAAAAAAGAAAAAAAGAAAAGAAGAAAAAAAAACAGUAGUAGAGCAUCAUUCACAACUGAGAAAGUUGUUUUUCUACUUGUGUGAAUAAGAGAGAUUAGUUUCACUUUUUAAUUACUGAAUUUAUUUAUUGCAUUUCAGGUGACAUAAAUGUUCUACCACAAUAUAAUGUUGUUGUUCGUGCAGCAGUUCUUUAACUGAAUGUGCUGAUGCUCUUCUGACAGAUCUUCCUCAACACAGACCCUUCAGCUCAGCAGAGCUUCAUUAGAAGAGAACAAGAUGAAAUUUACUCUGUUUACUGCAUUUCUUUUCUCUGUAUGGAUGAACGCUGCAGAUGGUGAGAUUUGACCAUUUCAAUUCAUAAUCAAAUACUGUGUAACUUUCAGUAACUUUCACUCGACUGAAUGCAGAAGUUGAGCUGAUAUUGUGUCUUUAUGAGAGAGUACAUGUGUGUUCAUCUUAUACUGUGAAAGUCAUGAUUAUUUACUGAAGAUAAUGAUGUGCUUCUCCAAUAGGCCAGAGUCAUCCACCAGAAUGCUGUCUCACUGUGACAAACACCAGAAUACCAGUUCAAAACAUUGUGAAAUAUGACAUACAGUGGCCACCAGUAUGUCCUCUCAGAGCUGUAAAAUUCCGCACUUGGAAAAAUAAAACUAUUUGUUCAGAUCCAGAGAGCAACUGGGCUAAGAGAGUAAUGAAGAUAGUGGAUGGAAGAACGACAACAAAUCCUACUGCAUGCUUUACAAGUACAACAAACAUGAUCGCAACUACAACACAUGAAACAUCUGGACCGAAGACUGAGAUCAGCGAAUCAACCACGGAUGAUCAUCCAGACUGCUGUCUCACUGUGACAAACACCAGAACAGAUGAAGUUAUUGUGGAUUAUCACAUACAAGAUUCAUCUCUGUGUCCGAUCAGAGCUGUGAGGCAAGUUCAGAGUUAUUAUAAUAGAUCACGAUAUGAAGUGUUACACAGAUGCUGUAAUAAAUGGGUGGAUACAGUAAAUAAACAAUGAGCUAAAACGUUUAAGUUCUUUUUCUAAGGUUUUUUUUUGUUUGUUUGUUUGUUUUUUUUUAAUACAGGUUCCGCACCAUGAAAAAUGAGAUUAUUUGUUCAGAUCCAAGUGACAGCUGGGCAAUACGUGUUAUGAAGGCACUGACAAACAGAGCUUCCACUGAACAUCAUGUGUUUACAACAACAACAACAACAGCAAAGAUCAUCUCAACUACAGUCACAACAAUCACAACAACACAGACUGAGACUGAGACCAGCACAAGAGAAACAAAAUCAAUCUCAGCUACAGCUAAUAAAGCAUCAAGUGAUGUUGAUGGAAGGAGUUCCUACACUGUUAUCACUGUUCAAACCACAGCAGAUCCAGAGAACAGCCGGACUAUAUCAGAGGUGGAUAUGAGAAUCACAACAGCGGCUCAGAUUAUAGACACCACACCGCCUCUGACUACAUUCAAAGAACCAGAGCUAGAGGUCGCAGCAUCAACCGAAGACUGCUGCUUAACAGUGAGAGAAAACAGAGCAGCGAUUCAUGAGACUGAAGAAACACCGGCAGAAGACUGGGAUUACAUACAGAACCUGAACAGAAGAACACCUGAACAAACAGACAAGAGAGAGUUCAUCAUCACAAAAAUCAAAGCGCUGGAGGACCGAGUGAGAUCUGCUGAAACUACAGACACACUUCAGCUGGACGGGUUAUCAGAGGAGGAGAAACAGACAUCAGAAAUAAAUGAUCCAUAUUCAAACAAUGAAUACUUUUGUUUAAAGAAUGAACCAGUUCAAUACUUUUGUAUCAAACAACCUUAAAACUUCUUCUGUUUGAACAGUUUGGACAGAUUUUUAAGGCUUAUAUACUGAUAACACCAGAUGACUGAAUGACUGUAAGUCUAAUACCUGAAUGAGGUGAUGGCAGUGGAAAUAGAGCUCUUUAAGUACAUAAAGGAAGUGUACUAUGUAUCCAGCUCUCUUAAAUAAUUAAGGAGCUACACUAAAUAUUAACAGUUAUGAACCUGUGUGAAUCACAUACACUUAAGAAAAGGAAUAAGAGUAAAAUGAUUGAUUGAUGCAAAUAUGGUAUUAUUG